UGCUGUCCGGCGAUGCUGCUGCUGCUGCUGAUGCUCUCGUGGCUGCCGACUGGAGGGGCCCUAUCUCUAGCCCAGGAGCACCUUCCAGCCUUCCCAGGACCCUCAGACAUGCACUCCAGCCCGGAUGUCUCCAGAUUCCAGGAGAUGCGGAAACGUUACGAAGAUUUGUUGGCCAGGCUUCGGGCUAACCAGACCUGGGAAGACUCGAACCCCGAUCUCAUCCCUGCCACUCAAGUCCAGAUACUCACCCCAAAGCUAAGACUUGGACCAGGCGGCCACCUGCACCUGGGCAUCCCUAGGGCCAACCUGACAAAAGGGUUUCCCGCAGCCUCCCGCCUGCAUCGGGCCCUGCUCAGACUGUCCCAGACGGAAUCGAGCUCGUGGGAUGUGACACGGAUGCUGCAGCGUCAGAUUGGCCUCGGAGUCUCCCGGGCGCCCUCACUGGGCCUGCACCUGCUGCCGCCUUCCCAUCGGUUGCUGGCUGCAUCACCUUCCUCCCGGCUCCGGCUGGAGCUGCACUGGCGGCCAAGCGCCCGCAGGGGACGCCGCAGCGCGCGCGCCCGGGACGGCUGCCCGCUCGGGGAGGGGCGCUGCUGCCGCCUACAGAGCCUGCGCGCGUCGCUCGAAGACUUAGGCUGGGCCGACUGGGUGCUGGCGCCGCGCGAGCUGGACGUGCGCGUGUGCAGUGGCGCGUGCCCGAGCCAGUUCCGGGCUGCUAACCGGCAUGCCCAAAUGCUGGCGCGUCUGCACCGCCUGAAGCCCGAGCUCGCUCCUGCGCCGUGCUGCGUGCCCUCCAGCUACGAGCCGGUGGUACUCUUGCACCGGGAUAGCGAGGGCCGCGUGACCCUCACGCCCUUCGACGACCUCGUGGCCAGUGACUGCCACUGCUUAUAA